GAUUGGCUACUUAUGUUUCAAUCCUUCCCCUGAUUGGGCACGCUUAGGCCUUCUCUGGAACCCUGGUGUGGAGUACAAGCUUGGCUUGUUCAGCUUCCCUCCAAAAGUAACAGUUCUCCAUUUGAACCUAGGACACAACAGCGUGUGUGCAGGCAAGGAGUAGUCUUCUGACGUUGUUUUGCUAUGCGACUAAGGCUGCUAGCAACUCUUCCAUCACCCUUUCUGCCUGCCAUACUUUGGAAAGCUGUCGUGUGGAUAAAACUGAAGAAGAAACACGUACACUGCUCUGAGUUUCUAGCAACCUUGGACUUGAAGAUCCUGUGAAUUUGGGGAGUACAAUUCUGCAUCAGUUUUGCCAACUUUGUGACUGUCUUCCAUGGACCCUGAACGGCUCAUCCAGUGUCCCUACGAUAAGAACCACCAGAUCAGAGCCUGCAGGUUCCCCUACCAUUUGGUGAAGUGUAGAGAGAACAACAAGAAAAUUGCCAAGGAAUUAGUAAUGUGCCCAUACAAUGCUCGUCACAGAAUCCCUAAGCAGGAGCUUAACUUACACAUGUCCAGCUGUGAAAGCAAAACAUCUCAGGAGUUGGAGGAAAUCCCUAGUUCUAAGAGCAAAACCAAAGAGGUCCAUGACUUCCAGGGUCCUCCAGCCCAGGAGAACUGGGAGGCAGAUGCUGAGGAGGUUCCUGGUCGCCUUUUUGUGUUUGGAACUGGCUACGUACAUGAGGGGAAACAAGAUAUGAACUAUUCUUCUUCCAGAGGUUCUAAGUGAGGACUGACCAGCAGCAGCCGGAACCUCUCCAAGUACAUGAACUGUUUUAAAUAAUCCUGAAUCAGUUUUUAAUGUUUUAAAAUCAAAUUUGGAAUAUUUUAAUCUGCUUUUUAAAUAGUGAGUUCCUGUUUGUACUUUUUAAAUAAAUGGAACUGCAUUCUC